UGCACCGUGGUCUUCCUGCUCGUCUACUUCUUCGGCAUGGCUAGCUCCAUCUGGUGGGUCAUCCUCUCCCUCACCUGGUUCCUGGCCGCCGGCAUGAAGUGGGGGAACGAGGCCAUCGCUGGCUACGCACAGUACUUCCACCUGGCCGCCUGGCUGCUCCCCAGCGUCAAGUCCAUUGCUGUGCUGGCGCUCAGUUCUGUGGACGGGGACCCCGUGGCUGGCAUCUGCUACGUGGGCAACCAGAGCCUGGAGAACUUGCGGGGCUUCGUGCUGGCACCGCUGCUCAUCUACUUGGCCAUCGGCUCCAUGUUCCUGCUCGCUGGCUUCGUCUCACUCUUCCGUAUCCGCAGUGUCAUCAAACAGCAGGGUGGCCCCACCAAGACCCAUAAGCUGGAGAAGCUGAUGAUACGCCUGGGACUCUUCACCGUGCUCUACACUGUGCCAGCUGCCAGCGUGGUCGCCUGCCUCUUCUACGAGCAGCACAACCGGCCACGCUGGGAGGCCACGCACAACUGUCCCUGCCUGCGUGACCAACAGCCUGACCAGGCCCGCCGCCCUGACUAUGCCGUCUUCAUGCUCAAGUACUUCAUGUGCCUGGUGGUGGGCAUCACCUCCGGCGUCUGGGUCUGGUCUGGCAAGACCCUUGAGUCCUGGAGAGCCCUCUGCACUCGCUGUUGCUGGGCCAGCAAAGGUGCUGCCGUGGCUGGGAGCGCAGGGGCAGGAGCAGGUGGGCAGGCAGCAAUCACCGCAGCAGGAGGACUUGGGGCUGGAGGUGGUGGCUCACUCUACAGUGAUGUCAGGCACUGCCAGCUCUGUCUCCUAUCCCAAGCAGAUGCCCCUGUCUCAAGUAUGAGGAGGGCAAAAGAGGCCAAAGGUUAGGGAUUGAGGGACACUGGCCUGUCUAAAAUGCCCCCUCACUGUUUGGUGCCAUUAAUGAACCCCUAAUGGUCCUUAUUAGCCACAGCUUGUAUAGAACAAUGCAGCUGGCAGAGGCCCCAGGCUCCAGCCCCCUCCUCCUUCCCCUCCAUUCAUAUGCAGGGAGCAUGUACUUCAAGGAGCCAGCUUAUUAUUUUGCUGGCAGAGGAGGGUAGAGGCUCACCCGUGUCUUACAGAGGGCAAGGCACAGCAGCUUCUGAGUCACUCUGGACUAACAGCAACUCUUUACUCAAGGGAGGGAGGGUCUUCCUCCCCCCAGUCCUGAGGUGGGAGUCUGCUGGGACUGCAGGUUUUUGAGAUGUUGAUGACCAGGCAAAUGCCUUACAAUAUAGACUGAAACAAAACAUGUCUUAAUUAUACACCCCAGCUAAAUACGGGUUUCCUACAUUAAAGGAUGUAUUUAUAUAAUUAUUUGUUACCUUGUACAGAUGUGUAAAAUAUGUAUAUAUCCAAAGCUAUACAGUCUGUAAAUUUUUUUGUAAAAAUGUUUAGAGGCUACCCCUGUAAGAGCAAAUAUGAGUAUUCUAUUUUGUCAAUAAAAUGACUUUUGAUAAAUGA